AUGAUGUUGUCUCUGCCCAUGCCAGCUCGUGCCUUUGUCAUUAAAAGCUUCACGGAAGUGGACAUUCAACGGUCUCUGCGUUUUGGUGUUUGGACUAGCACAGAAAAGGGCAACAACCGCCUCGACCGGGCGUGGCAAAAGAGCAGCAGUCUAGGGCCGAUUUACUUGUUUUUCUCUGUCAAUGGUAGCGGCCUCUUCUGUGGUGUGGCGCAGAUGAUGUCGGGGCUAGACUAUACGAAAAACACAGAUAUCUGGGCUGAAGGCAACCGCUGGAAGGGUUUAUUCCACGUACGAUGGCUCAUUGUCAAAGAUAUUCCCAACUCACAGCUACGCCAUAUUUUACUCUACAAUACGCCGGAAGUCAAGCCUGUCACGCAGAGUCGCGAUACACAGGAGCUGCUACAGGAGGUCGCAGCCAAUAUGUUGCAUAUUUUCUGCACGUAUGCGGGAAGCACGUCGCUUUAUACACCAGGCCACAACGGCCUAAUGUAA